AUGGGCAACACAACUCGCUGUGCGAAAGGCUGCAACGGAUCGACCACCAAGAACGCAAUUGUGUACUUCCCUCCAGGGGACUACCUGAUCUCAUCGACUAUUGCGAUGCCCUUUGGGACUCAGGUCAUUGGAGAUGCGAACACCAGGCCGACCUUGGUAGCUGCACCCAGCUUUGUUGGAUUGGGCGUCCUCUCCAAUGAUGAGUAUACUGGCGGCGCCGGUGGUGAUGAAGAGUCAGUGAUGCCCUCGAAGUUGCCCCUGUUUGAGCCAAGAGAAGCUGACGUGUGCGACACUUAUGAAGAUACUACAUCAAUACUUCGAAUUUCUACCGGCAGAUCCGCAACAUCGUCAUAG